UAGUUAAUUUGAAACACACUAAUCAUUUCUCUCACACUACAACUAGUUCUCUCUUCUCAUCUUCUUUCUCUGUCAUAUUUUUACUUCUCUAUUCUUUAUCAUUUCACAUGGUAUCAUAACCAACAAUAUAUUGAUCUAUGGAUCUCAACAAAAAUGGUUUAUAUGCGUCCACUACUUAACUUCCCACUUUUUCUUUCUCUGAUUUGGUGUGUAAACUUGACAAGUCUCUAUAUGAAUUUCAACAAGCUAGUAGAUAAUAAAAUCUCAAACUUUGUUCUGUUAUUUUCAGUCAUGGCUACAAACAAUCCAAACAUGAUUGUUCCUUCUUCACUAAAUUCAAUUCUGAUUCUUCCUUUACUGUGAUAUUGAUUUAUGUGGAUGAGUUGGUUCUAGAUGAAAAUGAUCUCGUAGAAAUUCAAUCAAUCAAAACUGUUUUUUAUUAGAAUUUUAAGAUCAACAAAAAUGUGUGUCCAAACUUCCCAUGCUUGAUUUGGUAUAUGGUAGACCAUUUGUAUAGCAAUUAGUUGUUAGUUAAGUUAUUAUUUAAGUGUAAACACUUGCUAUAUAUAUAUUGUAUAACUCUAAUUGAUUUAGUUAGCUUGAAACUCACACUAAUAAUUUCUCUCACAUUAUAGCAAGCUCUCUCGUCUCAUCUCUCUGUCUCUCUCUCAUUUCACAAAAUAAUUAUCGAGGGAUCAAAAUUGAUUAUUGAGUAAAUGAUUUAAGAAUUGAAGAACCAUGUGAAAGACAUAGUAAAUGAUUUAAAAAAUAUUUUUCGAAAUAAUACUAUCUUAAUUUUUGUUUUCCUUUUGAAAAAUAAAUAGUUUUCAUCUUUUAAUUUAAAUUAGUUUUAUCAUCGUGUUGAGCAUUUCAUGUUAAUGGCAGAAGAGACAGUUCCCAGAAAAGCCAGCUGCUCCAACGACCCACUUCUCCAAUGCGCCGACCUCAUCCUUCCAUGGCUAACCCCACCGGAACUCGCCACCGUCUCCAUAACCUCUACAUCCCUCCGCAAGGCCUCCGCCUCCAUCACCACCCGCCGAUCCUCCGACGCAUCUAGAACCUUCGAGAACCUUCCAGUCCCUUUCCACAACACCGUCGACCACUACCACCCCUACGCCUACUUCCUCUACACCCCUUCCCUCAUCCUUCCAUCCGCCGCAUCCCGCCUCCUCCGCCAACCAUGGGGAUCCGCUGCUCCUCUCGCCUCCGCGCCGAGUCGGAUCCCCGCGGAAUCGGUGAGUUUGGUCGAUGAGUUAGGUCAGAGUGUGUUGUCUGGUUGCGACUGCGAGGCUUGUGGCGGUGUGGGUUCCGACUGCCCUUGUUUGGGCUUGGGUGGGCUGGAUGACGUGGGCAGUGAGUGCGGGCCGGGAUGUGGGUGCGGACCAGAGUGCGGAAACCGGUUGACUCAGAAUGGGGUUGCUGUUCGGGUGAAGAUUGUGAGGGAUGCAAGGAAAGGGUGGUGUUUGCAUUCUGACCAGUGGAUUCGGAAAGAGGAGUUCUUGUUUGAGUAUGCAGUGUAUCCAAUACAUCAUACGAAUGUAAAACUGAUUCAUGGUUUCCUGCUUGGAAAAGGCGAACUCUUGACAACCAAGGAAGCGCGGAGGAGACAUCAAUGUUAUGAUGAAAAAUCAUCACAUGGUAGAUUCUCUUCUGCACUUUUGGUUGUAAGGGAACAUCUUCCAUCUGGAAACGUAUGCUUGAGAUUGAAUAUUGAUGCCACAAGAAUAGGAAAUGUUGCCCGGUUUGUUAAUCAUUCUUGUGAUGGUGGUAACUUGAGCACAAAGCUAAUUAGAAGUUCAGGAGCUUUGUUCCCCCGCCUCUGCUUCUUUGCUUCGAAAGAUAUCCAGAAAGAUGAAGAGCUUACAUUUAGCUAUGGAGAAAUCAGGAAAAAGGCCAAUGGUCUGCCAUGCUUUUGCAGCAGCCCUUCAUGCCUUGGAACUUUGCCUUCGGAAGACACUUGAGACACGUUUUUGUUUAAGGAUAUGGAUUAGUUGUGAAAGGAAUACCAAUGUUUUUGUUGGCAUGAGCUUUUACAAAAUGAGUUAAUGUGGAUAAACUCUUCCUUUAGGUCAACCUCAUUUUACUUGAAUAAAUCUUAAAUAUACCUAGUUUUAAAUGUACAUUUUUAGUCA